GGUCUGCGCAGGCGCAGUCUGAGGCUGCCGUGCUGCAGCGGCCCCGCUGAGCGUCUAGACCAGGGUGCGCGCUUCGCUCCAGACUCCGCCGGAGCGCAGGCGAGCUGCCGCUCCCACCCCUCACGCCCACCAGGUGCGUUGAUCGUCGCCCUCCUGCACCCCACCAUCGAUAGCCAGUCACCCAGGCUGUCAGGGACAAAGGAGCUCGGGCCAGCCGGAAGACCGGACACGUAAGCCCCCUGCGGACCCUCGGAUUGCCCCGGGGGAAGAUCAUUGCGUCUGUUAGGCAGCAGGUAGCUAGAGCCCGGAGCCCCCAAACCCGAGCCUGAACUCUAACCCUGCGGGUGGCCCUUCCAGAGUAGGAUUGACCCAACCUGUGUUUCGCAGUCCACCCCUUCCUCGGGCUCCCUCCCGCCCCAAGAUUAGCCUUCACCCGGCAGCGCCAUGACCAUGAACCUUCUGCAAGAUUGGUGCAAGGAGCUGGAAGUGGAGGUCCACAGGGCCCUGCUGAUCACGGGCAUCCCUGAGCGCCUGCAGCAGGCGGACAUCGAAGACACUCUGAGGCCCAGCUUGCAACCCCUGGGCAGCUACAGGCUUCGGACUGUGAGAGCUGUGACCAAGGAGAAGGCUCAGGCCGCCUUGGUGGAGUUUGGGGCAGAUAUCGAUCACUCUGCUAUCCCCAUCCACAUCCGGGGUGAUAAUGGGAUCUGGAAGAUCCUAAGUAAGGACCGCGGACAAGAUGCGCGGGUCCUGAGGCAGAUGAGGCGCCUGUUGCUGGAUGAAAGGCCCAUGGAUGACUUCAGAGAAAUAGCCAUCCCUCUGGUAUUGGAGGCCCAGGCCCAGGCCAAGGGGUUGGGGAAGGAGGCCAAGAAGGCUGGCUCCUCCGAAGGGGCAGCCAGAAACCGUCGGGGCCGUCGGGGAGGCAAGCGCAGAUCUAGAAGCCACAAGUUCACAGUUCAGAAGGGCAAGAAGAGGGGCCGGGGAGGGCGCCGAGCCAGGAGUGAGUCGGACGACUCAUCCGAUGACAGCCUGGGCAUUGUCAUAGAGGAGAUCUAUGCAGAGGACCUGAGCGUAGAUGAGGACCAGAGGGCCCUGUAUGCCACGCUCCAAGCAGCUGCCAAAGAGCUCACCAAAAAGUGGGCCUUCCGGGGAGACCAGGACGAAGGAGAGGGCCCCCGAGAGUUUUUGGCGCUUGUCACUGUCACCGACAAAGCUAAGAAGGAAGAGAUCGAGAAAGACCUCCCUGGGACAGAGUCCAUCUGCUUGAACAUCAAAGAUGAGAAGAGCGGUGUCCCUGACUUAGUCGCGCUCCUGGCUGUAAGGGAUACCCCGGUGGUGGAAGCAGACAGCGAGGCAGAGGAGGAAGAGGGAGAGGAGGGAGAGGAGGGAGAGGAGGGAGAGGAUGAUGGUGACGAUGACGAUGAUGAUUCCGACGGCGAGUCUCUGGAAAACGGAGAGGGGGUGAAAGGAGGGGUGGACAACCCCGAGUUUGUGGCUAUCGUGGCUUACACCGACCCUGCCGACCCCUCUGCCCGAGAGGAAAUGCUAAAAAUCGCGUCUGUGAUUGAGACCCUAGGCUGGGGCGAUAAAAAAGAAAAAAAAGAUGUCCUUCCUCAAGUCCUGUCCGUCAUGUCCAAGGACACGUCUGGGCCCAGAGUGAAGGUAGAGGAGGCAGGCCGCCAGGUGGACGCCAUGGUCCUGAGGAAGGCGGAGGAAGACGGAAACCUUCUGGAAUGUAUUUCUACUCUGGCCGAAGCCGAGAAUUGCCCCAAGGGAAAGAAGUCUGGGCUGGGUCUCCUCCGAGGCUGGACCGCUGAGGGCCACCAGGGUGGCCUCCUGGAGCUGGUGGCCCUCCUGGCUGCGCAAGACAUGGUAGAAGCUGUGAAGGAGGAAGAAGCCAGCAGGUGGAACGGCGGGGGCAGCGGCGGCAGCGGGGGCAGCGGGGGCAGCGGGGGCAGCGGCGGCAGCGGCGGCAGGAAGUGUGACCACAGCCAAGGUGGCUUAUCCGAUGUCCUGGCUUUCCUGGCCUCCCAGGAGAAUCUAGAAUCCAACGAGGAAUCGGACGACGAUUCAGACACAGAAUCCGAGGGGGAUUCCGACGACACUGACAGCGAAGAAUCAGAACCAGGAGACAGCGUGUCCAAGAAGCCCCGCGCCAAGAGAGCGCGCACCGGCUCCAAAAGCCUGGCUCCUGCUGGCGCCACCGCAUCCAGGGCACGCAAAACCCGCAGGGGUGGCCGAGGUCGUGGCCGGGGCGUCACUCCAGAGAAGAAAGUGGGGAGCGGGGCUACAACCGAAGACCACGCGGGUAACAACAAGAAGCAGAAGAAGGGAUCCGCAGGCGCGGGGGCCCGUGCCAGGGCAGGCGAGGCCAAGGGGCAGCCAGCUGCCGUUCCCAAGUCUACCCGCGGGAAGAAAGCACGUCGGGGCCCCAGGCGGGCACCCAAAUGCCGUUAGUGCCACAGAUGUCGCUACGAGCCCUGUUU